AUGUCCGACACUUUGCUUUUGUUGCAGACUUUGCGAUCGGAAAACUCUGGUCUUAAGAAUGACUUCCGACGAGUCAUGUCUGUAGUCCGAGAGAUAUUCGAAUGGAUCGACGCUUUGGUCGCGCGAUGUCUUUGUGUCGACAAAGAAGACAACGCGAAAACUCUUUUUCAAUUUAGACAACGAAUUGAUGGCAAAGAAGUGGUCGAAAAAAAACGUCGAAAAGGAAAACGAAAAAAAGGACGAGUUUUGACUCAAUCGGGAAAACAAGUCUUUUUGAGUCGAACUAAACGUCUUCAAUGUCAAUGGCCCGGAUGUGAUGCUAUUUUUCGCGACAGAGAAGACCUUGAGAAUCAUAAAUGGCGUCACACGGGAACCAAGAAAUACACCUGCGAGUGGCCGGGUUGUCUCAAAUCGUUUUCGUCUCGUUCUUAUCUCAAGAAACACGUGUCCACUCACGUGGAUCCGAAUCAGUUCCGCUGUUUUCACGCGAACUGUGACCACAGAUUCGUGUCUUCAGUCGAACUCAAGGAUCACUUCAUUGCUAUUCAUAACGCAAACAAACCUUUUGAAUGCGAGUUCCCGAAUUGCGGCCAACAGUUUGCCGUAAAACGCAAUCUCAAAGACCAUCAGGUCGUCCACUCAAAAGAGAAGCCUUUUCAGUGCGAUUGGCCGGGCUGUGAAUCGGAGUUUAAACGCAAACAACAAUUGGAGAUUCAUAUGAAUGAAGUUCACCGAACGGCCGACAAAGUGGUCUGUGAUUGGCCGGGUUGUGAUUCGACAUUCAGUUCGGAAAACAAAUUAAAAACUCAUAAAAUGAGACACACCGGAGAAAAACCAUUCAAGUGUCCGCAUUGCGAAUGGCGUUUCCGACAGAAAAACCAUUUAAAGACUCAUCUUUUGAAACAUUCGGGAGAAAAGCCUUUUCAAUGUCAAGACUGCGACCGACGAUUUCAAACGAAACAAACUCUUCGUUUUCAUUCAGAAAAGAGUCAUCGAAUCAGUUCUUAAGACACAU